AUGGAAUCCGAACUCGCGGAACUCAAUGCUAACUUGAGCCGCUUGCAACUAAAUUUUUUACCCAAAUCCGACUUUAUUACAGACGACUCUAUUGACCCAACCGACCAAGAAAUUGAAGUAGAACCACCACUCCCAUUUUCCUACCCUGACACCUCCACCUCCAACCAAGAAGACAUCAUCGAACUUGAAGAGUUAUUCCGCUCGAGACUUAACUCAUCGCCACAACCCAUCAAAAUCACCACCACCACCUCCUCUUCCUCCGAAGAACCCUCAAUGCCAGCUACCACCGCGGUCAUCAAGCAUAAUCUCACUCAACCAUCUUUCAAGCUGCGAUACGCCUCCGACUGCACGCUAUCCUUCACCCUUUGCUCCCCUCUCACCCCCCUCGGUCUCAAAAACAUUUUCAUUCAACACCAAACCCUCAAGUUUGCAUAUUUUCAAGCCGGAAUAAUUUCAGACCAGGUAUGCUUUGACUUUCAUGGGAGUCUCUGCCUCCCAUUCCUCAAGAAAAUCACCUUCCAAAUCCCAGCAUCACCCUCAGAUCACACCGAAACUGGGCUUCCCCACGACUUUAAACGUCUCCUCCACCUCCUUCAACUCAUUACUUAUGGACGCCUGGAGUGUCUUCGGUUCGAUUGUGAUCCACUCACGGCAAUCCGAAUUCCACUCAUUUCCGCCUUUCUACCCUCCUACGAACCUGAAGACUCUCAUCCCUUGAGUGACCUCAUCCUCAAAAAUCGUGACACCCUUCACAGCAUCGUAAUUGGACCCACGCUGCAAGAAAUGGUCAUACGAACCAAUCCUGCCCCUUGUCCGGGGGUUUGUGAGCCAGCAAACUACCCCAAAAUUGAGAGCUUCACCUACUUUCCUGACGUCCCAAUUCUUCCCUCCCUUUCACCCAUUCUCAGAGUACAGAAACAUUUGACCAAACUGAUCGUCACGCUGAGCCAUAUCGAUGUUUGGUAUGACGUUUGUCAUGCGAUCAGAUCCAGUUGCAACAAUCUUGAGAGUUUUGGGUUCAAUCUGGUCUCCCUUGAUGAGGAAGCGGCCAUAGUCGACUUGAAAAUUCUCCGCGUUUGCGAAAAGCUGAAAGAGCUGAGUAUUCAGUUUGAAGGGUGUAACGUUAUCGGGUGGGGAUUUAUUCCCAGGACGGUUACUACGCUAAACUUUCUCGGGGGACAGUUGACCAAUGCGAAUACGGAACUCAUGUCGUUAGCGUUGCCGAAUUUGGAGGAUGUGAACAUGUUUUUGGCGAAGCCGGCACAUCAAAAGAGUUCCAACACUUUGCCCUCAGACAAUCUCGACGUUUCACGUGGUAGUGGAUUAGACCCAGUUAUCAUCGACAUUAUUCAUCACCCCGCAUUCCACUUUGUCAAAGCUGCGCCCAGAAGUUUAAAGUCUUUCAAUGUCGAAUGUGACGUUGGGGUGGAGCUGAACUGGGAGGAUUUGCGAAAAACUUGUGCAUUUCAGAGAGAAUUCAGACUCGUCGAGAGGUCAGAACUUGGAAAUUUUUCCCUGGAGAGGGAAAUGGAAAACGAUGACCAAACCCAAGAGGGGGUACAAACAAAUCAGGGAGAAAAACGUGGGAGCGGUGGGGAAGAGCAAAAUUUAAGGGCAUCGUCACUAUUUUCUUCAUGUUUGGGUGCUUUGGGACUGUAAAUUUAAAUCGAGGAAAACUUGCAUCAAAUCCUAAAGAAAGACACAAAUCAU